AUGGAUAAUUAUAUCAAAGCACUCACUUUUGGUAAAGAUAUCAUAAUUGCUGGAGACUUAAAUUGCGACUUGUUAAAGACAGCUCAAGAGGCAAAGGUUUUGAAUGAUUUUUGUCACUGUUUAAAUUUGACACAGUUAAUUGAUAAACCGACGAGGGUCACGUCACGUUCGUCAACGCUUAUUGAUGUCAUGAUGACUUCAAAUAAAGAUUUGAUUGCAGAAAUUGGAGUGCUUGAAACCUAUAUUAGUGAUCAUUUUCUGGUUUACUGUUCACUCAAACUAAAGUUGAUAAAACCGCAUCCAAUUUGCAUCACUGCAAGGAGUUAUAAGCAUUACGACCGAAACCAAUUCCUCUGUGAUUUGGCAUGCAUUCCGUGGCAUGAGAAUUUAUUUGUUGAAAAUGUAAAUGAUAAACUGUCGCAUUUUGAUAGUAAUUUUCAAAAUGCAUUGGCUAGGAAUGCACCAAUUAAGACAAUGAAAAUAAGACAUCGACAAGUACCAUUUGUUGACGAUGAGAUCAAAGAACUGAUGAAAAAUAGAAAAAGAUUACACAAAUUUGCUCGUCUAACCCGAAUGCCAUCUGAUUGGGAGAAAUAUCGUGCGCUUCGAGAUAAAGUUAAAUGUAAGCUACGCCAAGCAGAAAAAGAUUAUGUACACAAUGAAAUAUAUAAUAACCCAAAUAUAGCAUCGAUGUGGAAAGUCAUCAGGAACUGCGUUCCACGUAAAGAGACCACGAAACCAAGUUAUUCCGGAGAUGUUAAGAAAUUAGCUAAUGAAUUCAAUACCUUUUUUACCUCAGUGGGGAUAAAUACAUCAGCAACUGCAUUGGCAUUGCUUACUGAACAUGGACUACCCAUACUGAAUCCACCAACAUCUACCGAAAUACCUGAGAUCGAUCAGUUUUAUUUCCAUUCAGUAUCGUGUAGUGAAAUAAGUAGGGUUGUUAUGUCCUUUUCAUCAAAUAAGGCACCAGGAUUUGACAAAGUAUCAAUGGCUGUGAUCAAGGAUGCCUUACCGUACAUCCUUCCUACACUUACGCAAAUUGUUAAUUGUUCCCUGGAAACAGGUGUUUUCCCAACAGCCUGGAAGAAAGCAGAGGUUAUCCCACUUCUGAAGGAAGGGGAUUAUGAAAUUCCGAAUAAUAAUCGGCCCGUGUCGUUGUUAGUGGCUGCAUCUAAGAUCUGUGAACGUGUGGUAUUGAAACAGCUAACAGAGUAUAUGACAAAGAAGAAAAAAUUUACUAAACAUCAAAGUGGAAAUAGGAAGUUACAUUCAACCGAAACAUUAAACAUAUUCAUCUCAGGUUUAAUUCUCCAGUCCAUGGAUCGUAGAGAAGUGACUGCUUUACUCUUACUGGACUUGUCUAAAGCUUUUGAUAGCUUAGAUCAUUUCAUUCUGCUAAGAAAACUUUCGAAUAUUGGAAUCUCGAAGCCUGCGUUGUUUUGGUUUAAAAGCUAUUUGACAGGCAGGUGCCAAUCAGUACGUAUUGCGUCAGUGUUAUCUGAUGAAUGUGAAAUAACUCGCGGUGUUCCGCAGGGAUCGAUACUGGGUCCGGUGUUAUUUAAUAUAUAUAUCAACGACUUGCCUGGUGUACCCAAGGAGUCCAAUUUGGAGUCGUACGUGGAUGACUCAAAAUAUAUUUAG